AUGGCUUGCAUCAGAACUGUAUCCUACUCAAUGCUUAUUAAUGGUAAACCAUUUAUACCAUUUGAGGCAAGGAAAGGUUUAAGACGGGGAGAUCCACUCUCCCCCUUUUUAUUUGUCCUGGCAAUGGAGUACCUAAGUAGAUCAUUGAAGACACUGAAAGAUAAUAAGCAGUUUAGAUUCCACCCAAGGUGUGCCAGAUUCAACCUAGUCCAGCUGGGAUUUGCAAAUAAUUCACUCUUGUUCUGUAGAGGAGAUGUUGAGUCAGUAAAGAUUCUGCACAAGCAUUUUCAGCUAUUUUCAGUAGCACCAGGAAAUGUUGAACCAACAAAGAAGGCUUUGAUAGCCUGGGAGAAAUUAUGUUCACCAAAGGUUGCUGGGGGUCUGAACUUCACUAACGUGGAGCUGUGGAACAAAGCUGCCAUCUCUAAACUGCUAUGGAGUAUUUGCACAGGAAAGGAGAAGCUAUGGGUCCAAUGGGUGCAUACUUACUACAUAAAGGGUAGCACAGUCUGGGGUACAGAACCAAAGAGUGCAUCCUGGGCAAUACAAAAGGUCUUCAAAGCAAAGGAAUACUUUACAAUUGCAGGGCUCUCUGAAGAUGAUGUUCAGAAGAUGGUGAAAUGCUCAGUCAAACAACUAUGCAAGGCCUUGCAAGGAGAAUUCCAAAAAGUGACAUGGAGGAAGUUAGUAUGCAAUAAUCAAAGACAACCAAAGUGGACAUUCAUUUUAAGGCUAGCAAUCCAGCAAAGGCUAGCAACUAAAGAGAGACUUGCAAGAUGGGGUGUUAUUACAGAACAAACAUGCUCAUUAUGUAACAAGAAAAAUGAUACAGUGCAACACAUAUUUUUUUAUUGUGAGGAAACAGGGAAAAUAUGGAAUGGUUUGCUGAAAUGGAAGGUAUACGAAGAUCAACGCUUUCAUGGCAGGAAAAAAUAA